GGGUGUGCGCGGAGGCUGCAGCGCGGCUCCGACUUGCCCCGCCCGGCCGCCGGUCCGCCCCACUUCGCGGCUGCCGAGCCAGCGGGCGGCAGGUGGCUCUUGGCGCGCUUUCCCCGCCGCGCGUCCGCAGCGCUCCUUCCCCAGCCGAUCUAUGCGGGCGAGAGCGGCGGGGAGAAGCCGACGCGGAGCGGGCAGCGCUUCUCACGGCCGGGGAAGGGGACCCGCGCGCCGGCAGCCGGACCCGAGUUUUGCCGGGGUCGCUUUCGGUAUCAAGUGCGCAUCCGAUUAUGGGGCGCCCGGACUGAGGCGCGGGCAGGGGCCGCCCCAGCAGGGUCGAACCGGCGCAAGAGGGAGCCUCGGGCGGGGACGAAGGAACGGAGCAGCUGCGCGGGUGGCCGACCCAGCCUCUUCCCGCAAACGCCGCCGAAGAACGUGCGGAUUACUGCGGCCCGGGAAGAUGCCCUUCGCCAGAUGGGCCCUGAGUCUCGCUGUCGUGUGCGAAGUUGCCUUUGGCCUCUACUUUCCCCGGAAGACAUAUCAUGAAAAUGUUUACCUUGAACAACCGGAAGGAACACCUUUAUUGCAACUACAUGCCUUAAAAGAUUCAGAGGGAGAAGAAGCUUUCUUCUGUCUUUUCCCAGAUUUCUUUCGAACUGGGCCUAAAAAUCUCUGGUUUCAGAUUGGUGAGAGAACAGGACUCCUUUACCUCAAUAAGAGUCUGGAUAGAGAAGACUUCAUUGUACUCUCUGCCGUGAGUACCGCUCAUUGGCGAAAAGCUUCAGGAAGUCAAGUAACAAAACUUGUGCUCCGCGUUUCCCUCUCUUCCAAACCUUUCCAAGGAAAAGAUUGUCCUGGUUCAUCCGCUACUACUUUGGUAAAACUCUCUGUCAUCAAUGACACCAUGCCAGCUUGCAGUUCUGCAACGUCAGUCGAGCUUUGCUUUCCUGAAAUGGACCUCUCUUUUCAAAUCACAGAGAAUAAACCACCAGGGAUUUUUCAUCAGCUCCAGUCAUUUGCUCUGCAACACCAGUGUCAUAAUGCCAGCAUUUCCUACAAGCUCGUAGCAGAUGAGAAUCUGCCAUUUUAUUAUAAUGAGGAGACCACAGCCAUAGGAGUGUCAAAACCCCUGGAUCGAGAAGAACGAGAAAAGUAUGAGAUGUUGGCUCAGUGUACACUGAAGGAAGGCUCUGAGAAGGCGUUCAGGGAGGUGCCGUUACUCAUACAUAUAUUGGAUGAAGACGACAUGCCUCCUUUUCUGCCCAAUGGUACCAGCACGACAGAUGCAAUAGUGGAGUUCAAAAGAGAAGAGGGUACUGUCCUAGCAGCAUUAACAGUUCUGGAUGCAGACACAACUCCCAUUUACCCUGUAGAUACCAGCAGGAAGAAAUACACAGGCACCAUAAGUUCAUCAGAUCCAUGGAUAAAGGAGACAUUUCGAGUGGAGCACCUCUUCCAUGAGAUCCAUUUCCACCCAAACAGCAGCCAAGUGCGAGGCACACAACACGAAUAUAAACUGAUCUUAAACAAGAGCAUUUCCAUUACGGAAAGCCGUUCCUUCCAGCUGGAUGUCAUUGUGAAUGACACGGAAUAUCAGGGGCCUGACAAAUCCUUGAUGCUCCACUUCAACGUCUCUAUCCUUCCAAUCCUCAUCCAGUUUUCAAAUCCGAUGUAUCAGUUCACAGUGAAUAGAAAUGCUGCCAACUUUUCACAAAUAGGAAAAAUCUGCAUUGACAAUUGCAUGAAGUUUUAUGGUGUCAGCAUCACGUACAGCUUACAGAGCCCGAAUGUCAGCUGCUAUGCUGUGGAGGUAGCUCCAAGCCACGAUGACAAGUAUGGAACUCUGUACGUGAACAAUUCAGCUGUGCUACGAAGACCUGAGUGCAGAGAAAUACAUUAUCCUGUGCUAGCUAAAGAGGAGCGGAGCAGGAAGGAAGCCUAUGCUCAUCUUACAAUCAUGCUUGAAGGAUCACUUAUACACAAUGAUGUGGACUGUCCAGACUCCUGUGCUAUGAGCAAAACCCGAUCGGAGUGUGAAGAAUGUGGUGGUGUUGGAGUGCUAAUGGGAAAAUGCCAGUGGAGGCAGGGAAGUCGGAAAGGAAUAACCACCAACUACUCCACCUGUAGUCCCAGCAUCAAGACUUGUCCGGACGGCAUUUGUGAUGCUGUAGAAAGCAAAGAUAAGAGAGUCUGCCCUCAAGAUUGCACAAAAACCAACAUUGUUGGUGGCCAUCAAAAAGGAAGUCUUGGAAGUGGGAUCAAGGCAGGACAUGGAGUCUGUCACUGCUUUCCAGGAAUAAGCUGUUAUUGUGAGAAGGAUGACAUCAGGGAACCUUUGUGUGAUGACAUGUGCAAAACGGUGAUUGCGGGGGGAGUCCUGCUAUCCUUUAUUAUUUCAGUUGUCCUCUCUUCCUACUUCAUUCAUCGCUACCACAAGAAUUCUCCAAAGCCACCUAUUGCCUCAGCGGAAAUGACCUUUCGGCGCCCAGCUCAGGCCUACCCCAUAAACUACUCAUCAAGUAAUGUCCGUCGACCAUCAAUGGACUCUGAGAACCAAAUGUCGGUGGAUGCAUUUAAAAUACCUGAAGAUCCUAAGUGGGAAUUUCCUCGGAAGAAUCUGGUGCUUGGCAAGACUCUUGGUGAAGGAGAAUUUGGAAAAGUUGUCAAAGCAACAGCCUUCAGACUUAAGGGCAAAGCUGGCUAUACCACUGUGGCGGUGAAAAUGUUGAAAGAAAAUGCUUCCGCAAGUGAGCUCAGGGAUUUGCAUUCUGAGUUCAACCUUUUGAAACAGGUGAACCAUCCUCACGUCAUCAGGCUCUACGGUGCUUGUAGCCAGGAUGGGCCUUUAUACUUAAUAGUGGAGUAUGCUAAAUAUGGCUCCUUGCGGAGUUUUCUAAGGGAAAGCCGGAAGGUGGGACCCAGCUACGUGGGAAGUGAUACAAACAGAAAUUCUAGCUACCUGGACAACCCAGAUGAACGUGCCCUGACGAUGGGUGACCUAAUCUCAUUUGCGUGGCAGAUCUCUCGUGGCAUGCAGUACCUUGCUGAAAUGAAGCUCGUGCAUCGCGAUUUAGCAGCCAGGAAUGUCUUAGUAGCAGAAGGGCGAAAAAUGAAGAUUUCUGAUUUUGGAUUGUCACGGGAUGUUUAUGAAGAGGACUCUUACAUCAAGAGAAGCAAGGGUCGAAUACCUGUAAAAUGGAUGGCAAUAGAGUCUCUCUUUGAUCACAUCUACACAACCCAGAGUGAUGUAUGGUCAUUUGGAGUGCUGUUAUGGGAGAUUGUCACCCUUGGAGGUAACCCAUAUCCAGGAAUUGCUCCUGAGAGACUAUUUAACCUCUUAAAAACAGGUUAUAGAAUGGAAAAGCCAGAAAACUGCAGUGAGGAAAUGUACAAUUUGAUGCUUCGCUGCUGGAAACAGGAACCAGAUAAGAGGCCAACAUUUGCUGAGAUCAGUAAAGAGUUAGAAAAAAUGAUGGUCAAGAGCAGGGACUAUUUAGAUCUUGCAGCUUCCACUCCUUCGGACUCACUGCUUUACGAUGACGGACUCUCAGAAGAAGAGACGCCCCUCGUGGAUUGUAAUAAUGCUCCCCUCCCUCGAACCCUCCCUUCCACAUGGAUUGAAAACAAACUCUAUGGCAUGUCAUACCCGAACUGGCCUGAGGAGAGCCCCGUUCCACUCACAAGAAGCGACGGGCCUAAGUCUGUGUUUUCAAGAUAUGCAAAUGAUAGUGUUUAUGCUAACUGGAUGGUUUCACCCUCAGCGACAAAAUUUAUGGACAGAGUUUGAUAGUUAACAAUUUCUUGGUGGAAGGUAACGGAUGCAGGAGGGAAGCAGUGUCCAAAGGUUGACUGUCCCCUCAGCUCAUUCUUUGAAUAGCAACAACUGGUUGAAGCAAACAGGAAUUCCAAGAAUGGGAAAACUUCCCCCUUACCUUUUAGUAGUUCCUAAAAUGUUUCCUCCCCAUUUCCCUCUCUUUUAUGAUGAAUACUGUAACAGACUUCGUCCUGCUUUAAAGUCAUAAAAAACUGAGGGGGUUCCAGAAGGGGUUUUAAAAAAAGUUAAGAUGGUGGUCGUGAUGGUAUAAUCAUGGUGGCCAUCUUGACUCCCCCUGCCCUCCUUGGCAGAUGUUCCUAACUAUUCUAGGCUUUUGCCUAAAGAUUUCUCCAAGGAAUCCAUUUAGAUUUGAUGCAGCCACUGGACGUCUUGCGUAAGUGUUCCAAAUAAUGUCUCAUUCCUGGAACUGUCAUGUAUGGGGUGGUGAGAGAAAUCCUGUUGUUUCACUAGCAACUUCUAUUCCUGUGGUCAUUGCUGAGAAAAGGCAAAUUAAUCAAAGCAAGAAGCACAAAGUGGGAACCAUUUGUUUUCCAAAAAUGCCUGAGCUUGAUCUAGCAUUAAAUAUUAGCAUUUUAUUGGCAGUAGGAAAUCAGUUAAAAGGAGUUUGGAACCAAGAGUGUUAAUGGACCAAAGGCAGUGUUAGGAUUCAGCAUUGAAAGGUUUGGAAACCUGUAGAAAUACACUGUCCUGUGGUCAUGGGAAAAUAGGUGUUCUUUUUUUUAAAAAAAGAAAAAAAAAUCAGGGUUAAAUUGUUCUUACCUUUAGCACAAUAGAAAACUUUGAAUAUCAUAGAAAAUAGAAUAGAGAGUUGAUUUCAUAGUGCCCACCUGCUUUAACUUAUUUUCCUUCACAUUCCUUCCAUUAUUAUCUUAACAUGGGCUCCAGAUGAUUUGAAAUAAACUGACACAAAGGGAACCAGUUUAGCCCUGCUCCAUAGAUUUUACUCUUUUCAUCAAAAACUUUAUUUCUGCCACCCAUUGUACAACU